CGCCCGAGGCGCUCUGCCCGCCCGCAUGGCCGAGGCUCCCGUUGAGGACCCGAGCGACGCGCUCAGGACGCAGCAGUGCUGGAAGCUCGUCAGGAACCUGGAGGCCGCUAUUCAGCAGUUCCAGUGCCACCCCAGAAAUGCCAUUUCAGAUGAUCUAAAAGUUGGCUUUUUCACCACAGACCAUGCUACUCAAACAUAUGCUAGUGAAAUUGUGCCUCUGAAAGAGCUGAGUUCAUCUACACAAAAGCUAGCACAGGUUGUUACAUCCCUUCAGGUAGAUUUUAAGUUCCUUAAAGAACUGGUUCAGUUGAAGUUUGAAGAACGACUUAAAGAGGAGUCAUCUAAUAUCUCCAUUGCUCUGUAUGACAGGAUCCUAGAGAUGGAAAAACACAACCAACAGAAUAUGGAGAACAUGAGAAAAUGCUUUCAGCAGCAGUUAGCUGAUGCCAUCGCUGUCAUCAAAGGGAUGUACCAGCAAUUCUUUGAUGUAGAGGAAGAAGAAACUACUUUGCACGAUGCAGAAAAUGUCAAAUUGGGUGUUUUGUCAAGAAAACUGAGGGAGAAAGAAGAAAUUAUUAGGGAAUUAAGAGAAGAACUAGAUCAAUGUGAAGGAUUUCAAAAAAUUGACUCCUUUGCCGAGACCAGCUCCUCCAAGUCAACCUUAGAAAGGGAAAAUUGGGAGUACAAAAGAGAAAAUGAGAGACUGCUCAAAGUCGUUGCAGAACUUGAAGAAGAAAUCAAACUCAAAAUAAAAGAAAAUUCAGCAAUGGAAGAUGAACUUAUAAGUCUGAAAGAGACUUCAGAGCAGAAUCAGAGAACUAUUCAAAAGUUAAUGGAUAGUAGAGACAGAUUACGAUAUGAGCUUGAUUGUGAAAAAGUAUUAGUCCAAGACAUGAUCAGUAAACGCAAAGAAGACAUGGAAAUAUACGCCAGGAACCUGAAAUCACCCAAGAAGAGAGAACCCUCUUUGUCCCCGUGGCAGUCACAGCGCAGGAGCUCCACAUCUCCAAGGACAACUUCCGGUUCCAUGAGUACUCAGUCUGUCCGAGCAAAGAAGUCUAAACUUGCCCUGAAGAAAAUUCCAAAGCCAGAGCAGGCAGUGGACAGUUCUGAUCUCUCUCACGUUGGCUCCAAGACCAGACUUGAGACCCACACCACUGACAGAGAGAAGCCCGCCAAGGGUGACAACAACACAAAAGACCUUUUGGAUGGAGGAACCAACUUGAGGAAGGAGAAGGUUAAAUCUAAAACAGCUACUGUGGCACAUGAAGAUGGGAAAGUGGAAGUAUCAUUCUCUAAGGAUGAAGACAAAGAAGCUUUGAAGACAGAAACAGAAACACUAAAGGCUGAUUUAGAGAAUGUGAAAAAGAAGUUUGAAAGAUUUAGGAAGGAAUCAGAAAGAAUAAGCAAAAACUGGGAGAAGAGAUUCUUUAUUCUCAGAAACAGCUUUCAUGCCCUUAAGAAUGAGAUGUUUACCAGACACACACUGUUUCAUCAGUUUGCAAUACUUGCUGGUACAUCCUUCAAUUAUGUUAAAGCAAAACCCUUGUAUGUGCAGUCCAAAGCGAACUUGACAGACACCGCCUCUUCUUCAAGCAAUCAUUUCCCUGAGGUAGCCAAGAAAAACGUGGAUGCAGUGAAUGAUCACCCAUCUUCCUCCAAGGCCUUUAUCCAACCUUUGAAGAAGCCACCCAUGCUGCCGAGCAGCCCCAGGGAAGAGGAGAAUCCACCCAAUUAACCAAGAAGGAAAUUGGACAGCGCAGAGCAGGGGCCAGACAGAGGGCUCUCUUCAUCUUGGCCCCAGGAAGGUCUGCCUCCCUGGCCAGGGCUCUUCUGUUCCCAAGGCAUUUCCAAGCUGACCAUUCCUCUUCUCUGCAUUAUGCACCCUAUUUGAGCACCGACCUUGAAAACUCCAUGCACCUUUUGCAUGCAGCUUUCCAAGCUCUGAGGAGACUCUUGUGGGUGCCGUGACCAGCCGAGCCGGAGCGGCUGGGCACACAGACCCUGAAGGGUGGUCAGGUCCACUCCGGUGCUCCCAGCUCCGGGCUGUACCCUAGCGCCUGAGGCAGAAAAGACUGGACUUCCUUUAAAGAGUUCAAGGCCUUUAACGUAUUGCAUGCUCUUUCUUUCCCUAGUAUGAGGUCAAACUGCCCUCACCCACCCCUUAACUCCCGGGAAGAUUAAACCCUCCAAGAGAGCUCUACACAUCCUUUGGGAAGCUCCACUCCUCCCUCACAUCGGGCUCAGGUCUCUCCCGGGGACCUUAAAAGCAGCGGACAAUUCUUCAGUUUGUCUGCUUUACGAUGUUUACUUUACAGUUCUCCUUGGGGUUUUGCUUCUCAGGAAAUCCGAAGGAUUUUCAGAAUCCACAUGCAGGGACCCUGUUGGGACGCCCGGUGCCAUUUCCUAGGAUGCUGAGAGGCUCUUUGCGCGUGCAAUGUUGGGUCUUUUCUGUUCCCCUAAGUACAAGUUCAGGCCUGCCCGGCAUCUGUAUCCGAAUCCUACUCCCUGGAUUCCAGAUUUCUAAGGCUCGAGAAAGAUAUUUGUGGUAGCUGUCACAUAAAGAGGACACACUCCGAUGUAAAAGAAAGCUGGAGAGGAGAUUCAUUUGUGCGUAAAAGGGAUGGGAUUUAAUUGGAGAGAGACCUGUUGGUUUGAACGCCAGUACAUGGGGUGGCAUGGCGCCGUGGAGCAUUAUUCGAGCUUCAUCUACUAUGCACUAUAUACCACCGUCUCCGGAGGAGUGUUGCCCUAGAAACUUGUUUUAAAUCUGCUGCUAUAUAUCAACACCUUGUUUUAGCAGUCCUUGGCUGAAUUACAGUUACACAGUUUGGCGCUUCUUUCAAAUUUCCUCCCAUCAGUUUGGCUAAAGAAAGGAAUUUUUCUCCUUUAGAAAUGAAUUGGCUUAAUUAGUAAGUAGAUUAAUGGCAAUUGCUGGUGAGUUGGUUUCCAGCAGAGUUUCACCAGAGAGGGUUAAUAGGAGUCAGGUUUGGAAUCUUUCCCAGAACUGGCUGCCAGCCAUUUCCAUGGACCAAUCACCCCUACGAGAAACGAGGGAAAUCAAAUAAAAUUUAUAUUCUCCGUGCCAUCCUGCUGGACCCACAUUCCUUGGGAGCAGCCUCCUGGUGGGGGUGCAGUGCUUCAGAAUUUUAGCAGAAAUAUUAGCCUUCUGGGUUUAUCUGGGUACCAGCGUAGAAUUUCCAGUGGCACAAUAAGAUCUCCACAAGACCCUGAGCACAGGGGGAACUUCUCAGGCUCUCAGUCAUUUUCAGGGUUAGAGGACUUGCAACUCUCCCCACCCCCAG